AAAAUCAACAUUCGUUCAUUGACCGUUUAGGAGAGACCAACGAGAUGCCGACCAUCCGUCCACUGAGCCCCGAGCUCCAGAAAACUGCCAUCGAUAAGCUGAAUGAGGUGCCCAAAAAGUUGGAUGAUGAUAUAGCCGCUUUGAGGGAUUGGAUUAAGCAGCAGCCUCAUCUGAAGGCCCGCACAGAUGAUCAGUUUUUGGUGAACUUUUUCCGAGGCUGCAAAUUCAGUUUGGAGAGGACCAAGGCCAAGAUCGAUAGAUUCUACACUUUGAGAACCAAAUACCCCGAGUUUUAUCUGGGUCAUAAUGUGGAUGUGGAGAAGCUGUUGGAUAUUUUUAAACUAGGAACUAUAGUUAUUCUGCCACGUCCUCUAAACGACAAUGGCCCUCGUUUGGCCAUGAUUCGCAUGGCAUCUUAUGAUCCGAGUAAAUACACCUUUCAGGAGGUUAAUAGAGCUGGUGGUCUUAUGCAGCAGAUUAUGCUGGAUGAAGAUGAUGUGGCUAUUGUGAAUGGUCUGAUAUCCAUUUUGGAUCUUUCCAAUGUCACCACUGGUCACUUCCUCCAGAUGACUCCCUCUUUUGCCAAGAAGAUGACUGUUUUUCAGGAAGAAGCUCUACCACUUCGUCCUCAGGGUAUUCAUUUUAUUAACACACCCAAUGGAUUUGAGACCAUCUUUAAUAUGAUCAAGCCCAUGAUGUCUAAAAAGCAGCAGGGAAGGCUCUACGUCCAUGGAAGCAAAUGGGAGGCUCUCUACAACCAAAUCCCCAAAAAGUAUUUGCCUGUGGAGUAUGGCGGUGAGAACGGUUCCAUUCCGGAGCUCAUCAAGGAGUGGGAACAGCGUGUUCUGGCCUACAGAAACUACUGGGAGGAGGAGAAGCAAUACGGCACCGAUGAGAGCCUCCGAGUGGGUCAACCCGUCGAUUUCGAGAGUCUCUUUGGUCUGCAGGGCUCCUUCCGGCAACUGAAUGUUGAUUAAAGCUAUCGACAUUUUGCUAAAAUAAAAUAGUUUAAAAAUAGUCUCAGUUGCAGGUCUUAUCUUAAGUUACAAAGGUGUAGGUAC